CCUUUCCAUUUCCUGUCAUUUGCCCCCUUGACCUUUAGAGCACUUGACCUUCAGUCACCUGAUGACCGUGGCUUUGACCUUUGGGUCCCAAUUUGUCUUGUUUGACCUUUAUGUGCCCUGACCCCAAGAGGUCACAUCGUCCGGGUAUAAAAGGAAGAGAUCUUCCAUUUCCAUCAUUUCAUUUCAAUAUCAUUCAUCUAUCAUGUCAUCUAUUAAGAACGUUUUGCGUUCGAUUGGUUACCAAGUUAAAUCCCUCUUAGGAGAGGGAAGCUUUGGUACGGUUUUGCUCUGUGAAAACAUGGUUGACCUUUCGGAGGUUGCCAUAAAAAUCACAGAAAAAGUUCAGAGCUAUGUCUCAAAUGAGACGUUUGCUCUGAAGACUGUGAAACAUCCCAACAUUGUGGACAUCUACGCAGUGUUGGAGACUGAUAAGCACGCUUUUACUGUGAUGGAGCUGGCCGAGGGGGGAAACCUCCUGGGCCUGCUUGCACAGGAAAGCUUUAGCUUGUCUGAGGAGAGAGUCAAGGUGAUCUUUUCCCAACUGGUGGAGGCUGUGAACGCCUGUCACCAGGUGGGGAUUGCACACCGAGAUCUUAAGCUGGAAAAUGUCCUUUUGGACCUGGACGGCAAUGUCAAGCUGUCUGACUUUGGCCUUUGCACGCGCCAAGAGCAAAGAGAGUCCAGUAAUACCUUCUGUGGAACAGUAACUUACUCCUCCCCCGAGGUUCUAACCGGAGAGGAGUAUGAUGCAUUCAAGCUAGACAUCUGGAGUUUGGGGGUCAUCCUCUAUUCUCUGGUGUGUGGCUCCUUCCCCUUUGACGACUUCAGCAUCAGCCAGAUGGUUCAGCUGCAGAAAGAUCACAUCCUUCCAUUUCCCGAGCCCAUCAGCUCAGAGUGCAAGGAUCUUAUCCUGCAAAUGUGCCAGCCAGAUGUUGCUGGAAGGCCCUCGAUCCGACAGGUUCGGAACUCUAGCUGGCUUUGCCAGUGAAAUCUAAAAGCCUAAAAAGCUAAUAAUAUCAAUAAUAACACAUCACACCUUAUUAGACAAUCAGACUUAAACUUUUGACCUUUGAUUGUCAAGAAUCACAAUCACAUCGACCUUUUCCUUCAUCUCCAUUACAAAGUUGACCUUUGACCUUUGAUUGUCAAGAAUCACACACAUCAUAGUUAAAAUGUUGACCUUUGACCUUUGUUUGUCAAGAAUCACAAUCUCAUCCUCUUCCAUUACAAAUUUGACCUUUGACCUCUGAUUGUCAAGAAUCACGAAU